AUGGCGGCGGUGGUCGGACUCUCUUUGAAGCGCCGGUUCCCGCUUGCAACCAUUGGCGGAGCCUGGCCGUAGGCCUGCCGGGGGGCACCGACAGCUGCCGCCGCAGCUCCCCAGAUCAAGAAAUUUGCCAUCUACCGAUGGGACCCAGACAAGUCUGGAGAUAAACCUCAUAUGCAAACUUAUGAAAUUGAUUUGAAUAAAUGUGGUCCUAUGGUGUUGGAUGCUUUAAUCAAGAUUAAGAAUGAAAUUGAUUCUGCCUUGACCUUCCAAAGAUCAUGCAGAGAAGGCAUCUGUGGCUCUUGUGCCAUGAACAUCAACGGAGGCAACACUCUGGCCUACACCCGAAGGAUCGACACCAGCCUCACCAAAGUCUCAAAAAUCUACCCUCUUCCGCAUAUGUAUGUGAUAAAGGAUCUUGUUCCCAACUUGAGCAACUUCUACGCUCAGUACAAAUCCAUUGAACCUUAUUUGAAGAAGAAGGAUGAAUCCCAGGAGGGCAAGCAGCAGUAUCUGCAGUCCAUAGAAGAUCGUGAGAAACUGGACGGGCUGUACGAGUGCAUCCUCUGUGCGUGCUGCAGCACCAGCUGCCCUAGCUACUGGUGGAACGGAGACAAGUACCUGGGGCCUGCGGUUCUUAUGCAGGCCUACCGCUGGAUGAUCGACUCGAGAGACGACUUCACAGAGGAGCGCCUGGCCAAGCUGCAGGACCCCUUCUUCCUCUACCGCUGCCACACCAUCAUGAACUGCAUCAGGACCUGCCCCAAGGGGCUGAAUCCAGGUAAGGCUAUUGCUGAAAUCAAGACAAUGAUGGCCACCUAUAAAGGGAAGAAAGCAUCAGUGUAA